AUGAAUCCCUAUGAAGUCGAACAUAACAUAAAAGCGUCUCCGCAGUCGUCUCGACCUCGUCGCCGUCCUUCUAUGUCCUCCUUCUUCAACCAAUUAUCGCAAUGUGAAACCUCGACUUCUACUACUGAUCCAAACUGGCAUCACAAUAAUCCGCAUGCUGUCCCUACUCCCGUCGACGUAGCAGCCUCAUAUCGCCUUCUCCAAGACCAAUUUCUAACCCUCCGCACCAAUGACCCCUCCUCGACCACAGCCCCUCUUCUCGACCUUCUUAUCUCCUCCAUCACAUCUCAAAUAGACUCUCCGCCCACCACCAUCUCCGGAUGUUCUCAAGCCUACCUCGAUACCAUCGAUCGCAUUCCUCGUUCCUCCCUAAAGGCGGACGAAACAUGUCCGAUCUGCGGCGAGAAGUUUCUGGACGACCAAUAUUGCUUAGUUGUUGUGUUACCAUGUCAUGAAACUCAUAAAUUUGAUUUGGAAUGUGUGGGCCCGUGGUUGAGAUUGAAUGGGACAUGUCCUUUGGAUAGGAAGAAGGUUGGAGACGGGGAGGAGAGGGGAAAGGAGGCGGAGAGGGAGAGAGAGGGGAUGAGGAGGGGCGUGGAAGGCUUGGGAUUUGGGGCUGAUGGAGAGGAAAAGAGGAAGGAGGAGGAGGAAAGAAGAAAGAGGGACGAGGACGAAGAAAGCGAUGGCGAUGAUGGGAUGUACGCUUAA